GUCAGGAGGGUUCUUUACUUGAGACUAGAUCCAGAUCUAGAUCUAGACUGCUUCUGGUGCUCUUGUGUAGUGUCCACUAAACAGUAACCCAAGUAAAAAUAGGAGCAGCAUCCACCACCAAACACCAACUUAGACUUAACUGCUUGUGUUAUAAUAGACAUUCCUUCAUAAAUUAGGCCCUAGAUUCUACUUACUUUUUCCCUCUUACAGACAAGACCAAGGUCUCGGGGAGAUCAUGCAAUUGUCGGAGGACCACUAUGACCCACAUAAGAAAAGUUACCUGAAGGAAACUACUCCCUCCCCUCCCUCCAUCGUUCGAAGAUGGAGAAUGACAUGAGUCCAGCUGUGGAACACCACCCUCAAGAGUCAUCCCCAGAUGGUCUGUUGGUGGUGGGUCGUAAGACUCCCUGUAUCGUCAAUCGUAAGCUCUUGCCCGUCAAAGGAUUCUACUUCACAUUUAUGUCAGCUGUGGGAGUCUUGCUGCCAUUUAUUGGACUCUACAUGCGGCACUUAGGACUGAGUUUCCAUGAGACAGGGAUCAUAUAUGGGAUCAUGCCGUUUGUCAGUUUCUUUGUGCGACCAGCUAUUGGGGCUCUGGCUGACAAACUGAAACGUCACAAAGCAGUACUUAUCCUUACAACCAUUUUAACAGGAAUUUUUUACUUCGUCCUGGUGUUCGUCCCAUCCCGUCCAGCCCCUCCCAGCCUUUCCAUUAGCACGAGCAUCCAGUGCAACACUCAGGACUCUUUUCUACAAGACUGUAGCGACGAGAAUUCUCAGGGACAGUGCCAAGUAGGACUCAGUUACUUCAACAAUGUGACGCACUUGCAUAAGGGAAACAAGUCACGGACAUGCACUUUUUCCUGUACAGUUGAAGAUUCCUCUUUACCUCAGUUCCAAGCAUGCUUCACCAAUGAGACAGGGCCUUACAACAGUCUUCGCUGCAACGGCACUCUCACCCACAGUAGCCAUUUAAACUUUGCUGUCCAAGACUUGAAAGCCGUUCUAGCCAGCGAAAUUCCCAGAGACAGAUAUCAUGUGGAUUCUGUCACAUGUCGUGACUACGAUCUGAAAGAUGUCUUAUUUCUAAAGGAUUCAAAGCAUGAAGCUAGGCAAAUUCUUUGUGAGAGAGAAUUAUCAUUGCAGUGUAAAGUCAGUUGUUCUCAGAAUUUGGAUUGUAGUAAGGAUUCAUCUUUUGACAAAACUUUCUUUAUUUUUUUCUUUCUUUUUCUACUCGCAAAUAUUCUUUUUGCCCCACUCUUCCCGAUUUUGGAUGCUGCAGCAUAUGAAAAUUUAGGUGAAGAUGGCCACCGAUGGGGCCAGCAGCGACUGUUUGGGACUGUCGGCUUUGCCAUUUUCGCAGUGACCUCGGCCUUCAUCAUGGACCUCAAGUCAGACAGUAAACACUUGGAUUUCUCUGUGUCAUUUUACCUCUUCUUGCCACUCUGUGCUGUCUCUUCCAUCAUCGGCAGCUGGAUACACAUGUCAUCAGACAUUGUAUGCGGAAAAUUCCUGAAGAAUAUUUGGAACGCCCUGAAGUACAUGCAAGUCCUUGCCUUUCUCUUUUUGGUCACCUACUUUGGCAUCCUGACUGGAGGCAUUGAAGCCUUCCUGUUUGUGUUCCUCAAUGGUCUUGGGAGUUCUCCGCUCUUGUUUGGUUUUGCACUGUUGGUGAACUGUAGUGCUGAGGUGCCCAUGCUAUGGAUGUCUGGGUCUAUCAUCAAGCGGUUUGGCUAUGUAUGUUGUCUGUAUCUGGUCCUGCUGUGCUACGCCGUGCGUCUUCUGGUCUACUCUGUGGUGGGCAACCCCUGGCUGGUGUUGCUUGUGGAACCUGUGCACUCAGUUACCUUUGGUUUGAUGUACGCCUCGGCUUCCUCAUAUGCCAGCGUCAUCGCCCCGCCUGGCAUGUCGGCCACAUUGCAAGGACUGCUGGGAGGCCUUCAUUUUGGAAUAGGAAAAGGAAUUGGCAGUCUCAUCACGGGAUUCAUGUUCGAAGCCAUCGGGCCGAGGUGGACAUGGGGGGUUUUCAGCAUCAUCUGUGUAAUCCUCCUGGUCUUCUAUGUCAUCCUCAACAUGUUUGUGUUCAAGUCUUUCCAGCACCCACCUGCCCACAGACAAGGGAGUGGACAAGAGAAAAGGGAGGAACAUGUAAAGCAGGAGGAGACUCUCAUUAAUCGGAGUUCAACUCCAACACCUGUAGAGGACGGUGACCCGGUUAUAGUGUAGCCUUGAGUGGAUGCUAACCAACAUCUAUGGAUAUGUUUUGCACAUCUACCCGUUAUACUUGAAGCAAAGCCGCCUUACAUUUAAAUUGCAUUUAAGGUCACCUUAUGUGAGUCUUUUCGGUGUCUGAUUUUCUGUUUUGGUGGUUAAAGAAUGUUACUUCCUGGUUCAUAACCUUUCCUUGUGCUGCUUUGAAGCUUAAGCUAUUUUUGGCUUCGCUGGUGGGUGGUUGGAUGGUACCGCUGGUUGGGCCUUUUAAAUGACCCCACCUGUUCUUUCUCUCUAUUGGUCUUGCUCUUUUUAAGCUCAAAAUUACUGUUAAUGUAUCAGUGUGCUUCUCUUUACUAUAAAAAAAAA